AUGACAACCUCCUCAGAUCGCCCCAAAAGAACACCAAAGAGCCUUAAUGCCACCACAUUAUCUAGUAAAUAUAUCGAAAGCAGAGCUUCCAUAAUGUCCAAAGCAGCAUCAGCGUUGAAGUUCAGACGGAAGUUUACAUUUGCCACAAAAGAUGUAACACACUGGUUUCCAGGACAUAUGAUGAAAGGCAUGAAGCAAAUGCAGAGUAAACUGCAAGAUGUUGACCUCAUUGUUGAGAUACACGAUGCAAGGAUACCUUUCAGUGGACGAAAUCCGAAAUUCCGAGAUACAUUACUUGUUCGACCUCAUUUAUUCAUAUUAAAUAAGAUGGACCUUGCAGAUCUUAGUAAUAAAGAUCAGAUUGAGGAACAAUUAAGGAAGGAGGGAGUUGAAAAUGUCAUGUAUACAAAUUCUAAAGAUGGACACAAUAAAACAAUAAUGAAAGAGAUUGUGCCUGCCUUCAAAAAGCUCAUAGAGUCUGAGGAUAGAUAUAAUAGAGCUCAGGAAGUUGACUUCAACCUGAUGAUUCUUGGGGUUCCAAAUGUUGGCAAAUCUUCUUUUAUAAAUGCAAUACGUCAAACACAAUUAAAAAAAGGAGGCAAAGCUACAAGUGUAGGUGCAGUACCAGGGAUUACUAGAAGUGUCUUGGAAAGAAUCAGGGUGUGCAAUAGGCCAAAGAUCUAUGUGUUUGAUACACCUGGUAUAAUGAACCCAAACAUCAAAGAUGUGGAAGUUGGAAUGAAACUUGCUCUGUGUGCCAAUUUAAAAGACCAUUUGGUUGGACCUGAUGUGAUAGUUGACUAUAUGCUGUAUUGGUUGAACAAACACAAACAGUUUGAUUAUGUAGAUCACUUCAAACUGUCUGCUCCCACUGAUGAUGUCACCUUGUUUCUGGCACAUGUGGCUAAAGAACAGGGAUACAUAGAAAAGCGGAAGGCAGUAGUAGGAGGCUAUAUGUACAGGUGGAAUUUUGAUGCUGCAUCAGCAAUUGCAUUGAGGGCUUUUAGGGAAGGAAAACUGGGCAAAGUCAUGCUAGACACAAACUAUAUACACUCAAAAGUGACUUGAAGUACAUAGGCUGGAUUAGGAUUAUCUAAUUAUAAUUGCAGUAUAGACUGACAUCAGGGAGUUACCUGACAUCAAGGAGUUACCUGACAUCAGGGAGUUGUCUGACAUCAGGGAGUUAUCUGACAUCGUUGAGUUCUCUGACAUCAGACAAAGUUUGCAGAAAGAGUAAAAGAUGUAUGUGUUCUAUAAUGGGAACAUGUGUAUGUUUCAGUCUCGCACAUUCUAGGCAAGUCUAAAUGUAAUAUUCAAGUGAUUGU